AGCACGGGACACGCCUUCGGGUGUAUCGAAGGCCAAGGGAUACCCAGCCGGGGGCGAGGGCGAGCCGGCAAAAGGCGAGGUCAAGAUGAUGGUCACCGGAGGCCUCGGAGGCCUGGGGCUCAUCGCCUCCUUCCACUGCGCCGCGGAGUUCGACAACCCCAUCAUCACCACCUCCCGCAGCGGCCGCCUCGGCAGCGGCGGGGCCUCGGCCAUGAACAUGUUCGAGGCGCUGAAGGAGAUGGUCCCCGUCUACAACGUGAGGCUGAACGUGGCCAAUGCGCAAGACACCUCCGACGUCUUCGCCUGGGUCAGCCGACCGGGCAUGCCGCCAGAGGACAGCAAGAUCCUGAUCGAUGAAGUGGUCUACCAGGUGAAGUACAAGAUCCACUCGCUGCCGGACGAGGCGCUGAGGCGAAUCCAGGAGUUCCUCCUGGAAGUCUCGGACAAGCUGCAGCAGAUCAUGUCGGACAUGCGCCGAGAGUCGAAGAUCGAUCAGUCCACCAUGCAGGACCUGGCGCAGAAAGAUGCCGCGGUCAGCCACGCCAUUAGCCUCAUCCGGGCUAAGGUGGGGGCAGUGCCAAGAAGCUGCCGACUGCUGGGGGGCCUGCCCACGGCGGGCUACGCCGUGCCAGACGCGGAUCCCGACGCGCUGGCAGCCCGCGGCCAAGAGCCGAGCCAGGCCUUCACUGGCAGAGCUUCAGUGGCAGACAUCAUGGAGGUGGAGCGCCACAGCUUCCUGCCGAAGCCGAUUGGCCCCACCACCAGCGCGCUCUUCUAGCAGGGUGGGACUUAAGCGGCCCCGGUGGAAAUUCGGCGUCCCUUUGCG